AUGUGUUUUGCUGUUAUUUGUUUUUUAAUUUGUUGAAUCGUUGGAGCGAUUGCGGUUGCUUCUAAUCCGUCCCCUUUUUUCGGUGCGCUUGGGUUAGUGAUGGUAGCGGGGGUUGGGUGUGGGGUUCUUGUGGAAUAUGGAAGUCCUUUCUUGGCUUUGAUUCUUUUUUUAAUUUAUUUAGGUGGUAUAUUGGUCGUAUUUGCAUACUCCGCAGCUUUAGCUGCGGAGCCCUAUCCUGAGUCUUGGAUAAACCCGGCGGUUGUAGUUUACAUGUGUUGUUACGCAACCGCUGUAAUGGUGGCGGGUAGUGUAUAUUGACAUGGCUGGGCCGGGGCUCUCUCUGGGUCAGCUGAUGAAUGAGGACCCUUUAAUAUUUUUCGUUCUGAUAGUGGGGGAGUAGCGGUAAUGUAUUCAGAAGGGGGGUGGAUGUUAGUUGUUGGGGCGGGAGUUCUCCUUUUGACUUUAUUUGUGGUGUUGGAGUUAACUCGAGGGUUAAGUCGAGGUACUCUUCGGGCUGUCUAA